UAACGCUUCCCGGAUGAGAAGGGGGGCCCGGAAGCCCAGCAGGGCCAGCUCCAGCAGCAGUCCCUGCAGCCUCGGUGCAGCUCUCCAGCAGUCCAGCCCCGCUGGCCCUCCAAACCAGAGGUGCUCCCGACAGAAACUCCGGCAUUUGCUGGUCCUAAUGUCAGUCAAAGCCAGUGUGGGGCCUGGCCCCUCUGAGGGGUUCACCACAGAGCCUGCCAGCAACUUCGGGGAGAUCCACAGCUGGGACGAACUGCUCUCCUUCUUCAACCACACUUUGCCCGAGUGCCACAUAGAGCUCCGGGAGGACACCAAGCAAGUGGCCCUGUUUGUCCUCUACCUAGCCAUCUUUGUGGUCGGGCUGGUGGAGAACCUCCUGGUAAUAUGUGUUAACUGGCGUCCCUCGGGCCAGGAGGGGCUGCUGAGCCUCUACAUCCUCAACAUGGCCAUAGCGGACCUGGGCAUCGUCCUCUGUCUGCCCGUGUGGAUGCUGGAGGCCACCCUGAACUACACCUGGCUCUGGGGCAGCUUCUUCUGCCGCUUCACUCACUACUUCUAUUUCGCCAACAUGUACAGCAGCAUCUUCUUCCUGGUGUGCCUCAGUGCCGACCGCUACAUCACCCUCACCAGUACCUCGCCCUCCUGGCAGAGCCGUCAGCGCCGCGUGCGGCGGGCUGUGUGUGCAGGCGUCUGGACGCUCUCAGCCAUCAUCCCGCUGCCCGAGGUGGUCCACAUCCAGCUGGUGGAGAGCUCUGAGCCCAUGUGCCUCUUCAUGGCACCCUUUGAAACAUACAGCGCAUGGGCCCUGGCAGUGGCCCUGUCCACCACCAUCCUGGGCUUCCUGCUGCCCUUUCCUCUCAUCACAAUCUUCAACGUGCUGACGGCCUGCCGGCUUCAUCAGGCAGGGUGGCCCAAGGGCCGACGACACUGCUUGCUGGUGUGUGCCUAUGCAGCCGUCUUUGUCAUCUGCUGGCUGCCUUACCACGUGACCCUGCUGCUGCUCACCCUGCAUGGGACCCACAUCUCCCUCCACUGCUACCUGGCCCACCUGCUCUACUUCUUCUACGACAUCAUUGACUGCUUCUCCAUGCUCCACUGUGUCGCAAACCCCAUCCUUUACAACUUUCUCAGCCCAAGAUUCCGGAGCCAGCUGCUGAACGCUGUGGUCCGCUACCUUCCCAAGGUCCAGGCUGGGGCGACUAGACGUGCUUCCUCUUCCUCUUCCUCCACUCAGCAUUCCAUCAUCAUCACCAAGGAGGGCAACCAGCCACUGCAGCAGGCACCCCCGACCAGCCAAGCCUGAACUUCCGGGCACCAAAAGCCUCACCCAUCUCGGCUCCUCAGUCUCUUGGAGCCAGUCCUCCAGCACUGAGGGAGAAGGCUGGUGUAGGUGGGAUCUGGUGGGGAGUGAGGGUCAGGGUCAGAGCACUCAUGGUUAAUUUUG